GCGGCGCGAAAGCGACCGGCGGCGACGGCUGACGGUGGUUUUUAGGCUGCGCAGCGUCGCGCCGGCGUAUUUUGUUAUUGUUAUUAUCAUCGCGGCUGUAGCUGUGCCGUCCAUCGACGACGGGCGACGUGACGGAUUCCUCUACUUACUACAGCAGGAGCCACCUCGGGGUCGCGACCAUGUCCGUGAGAAUGGAAAACGUGGCCGCGCGGAAGAUCAAUUAUAAAAUGAUGAAUACGAAUGGACCGAGGCCGACGUACGUGGGCGCCAACAACGGUAACGCCGGCGGCGGCGGUGGAGGCGGCGGCGGUGGUAGCGGCGGCGGCGGCGCCGCUAAUGCAGGCGGCGUCGGCGUGGGACCCGCAGCCAGCGCGGGUGGCGGCGGUGGCGGUGGCGGCGGCGGCGGUGGCGGCGGCCACGGAUUGAAGGGCAACACGGGCGGCGGGCCGCGCGGCAGUAAUCCGGUGCAGUACCGCGCGAGCGGCGGCGGCGGCGGCGGAGGCGGUGCGGCCGCCUGGAGCACGGCGCCGUCUCACGUGGCCGCAGCAGCGGCAGCCGCGUAUCCGCCUUACACGCGCUACCCGAGCGCGGCGGCGGCGGCAGUGGCGGCCGCCGCGGUCGGCGGCGGUCCUCAGCAGCUACCGGCAUCCGCGAAUCCCUUCGUCACCGCCACGUACGCGCAGCACGCGACGUACGGUGGACAGCGGGUACCUACGGCUUCAUCCCCGGCAAACACUAAUAGCAGCUCCAGUAGUGCUACCGGCAGUCAAAGCGGGACGAUGAGCACGAAUCUCAGCAACAAUGCCAUGCAGGGUCAACAAGCGGAGCAGCUGUCUAAAACGAAUCUAUACAUCCGUGGCCUCAACCAGAAUACGACUGAUAAAGACCUCGUUAACAUGUGUUCUCAGUACGGAACUAUAACUUCCACCAAGGCGAUUUUAGACAAAAAUACAAACAAAUGUAAAGGUUACGGAUUUGUAGACUUCGAGUCACCGAUGGCGGCAGAGGGUGCUGUGAAAGCACUGGUCGCCAAGGGCAUCCAAGCGCAGAUGGCGAAAGUGGGUAUCUGGUUGCUCCGUAGACUGGACAGUGUACGUGUGUUUUUACUCUCUUCCCAGCAACAGGAGCAGGAUCCCACCAAUCUGUACAUUGCCAAUCUGCCGCUGAACUUCAAAGAGAACGAUGUCGAGGCAUUACUCGCUCAAUAUGGACAAGUUAUCUCUACCCGUAUCCUGCGCGACACUUCCGGCCAAAGCAAAGGAGUUGGAUUCGCAAGAAUGGAAUCAAAGGAGAAGUGUGAACAGAUCAUCCAAAUGUUUAACGGAAAGGCACUAACAGGCGCAAAGGAUCCAUUAUUAGUUAAGUUCGCUGAUGGUGGAAACAAAAAGAAAUCGUUGUUUAAGAGUACAAUAUGGAGAGAGACAGGAGAGAAUAUGACUUUGAACUACGACACGAGCGGCGUUGGUCAGAACGGCGUUGCUACGACUCACAUGCUUCCCGCGACGGCUCUGACACAGUACAGUCGUCACUACAGUCAGGCAUUGCCUGGUUACAGUGUGCCAGGCACCCCUUGGGUGGCUCCUUACCUCGUGCAUCCUUCCCCACCACAUAUGCAACAGGUUGACAUGAUACCGUCGGCCGAUCCUAGUAAUCCACAGUACAGUAUGAUUCCUCAGCUUACCACACAAAUGUCCACCUUGCAUCUUGGCACUGGUUCCUACAUAGCGAGCCCACAUCCCUAUCCUUAUACAACUUAUCCUGCUCCUAGCAUUAUUCACACCAUGCCACUGGGCGAGUCGGAGCAGACGAGUAACGCAGCGUCCCCCGACGACUCCUAUCAGCAGUACCAGGCUCAACAGCCUAAGUAGGCCACGGUUUAUAAUAGAUGUACGAUCGCGCUAAGGGUUACAUGAAUUAGGAAAGGCUUACCGAUUGACACAUGAAGAUAUGCGCAGAACGAAGGAGAGAGCAACAGAUACGAGAGCGGAUUACAUUAAGAAGAAUAGAUUUGAAACAAAAACUACAUUACGUAACGAAUAAGAUUCUUCCUCACGAUAAAUUGACUUGCCAGCGUUUUUAUACGUUUUAUCCAACAGUAAAUAGAGGAAAGUAGAUGAUAUUUUGCAACGAGUAGGCAGAGUGAAUGUUGAGAGAAUGUAAGAGUGAGAGAGAACGAGCGAGCGAGCGAGAGAAAGAAGAAUAUAAUUGAAGGAAGUACAGGAAGACGAGUAUGAGAGCAAUCACGUGUCGUCCGCAUAGAACGGCACGUGCUUCCAUACUAGUAUGGCUCCGUUAAAGCUAUGUGACGGCAACACGUACACUCAUGUACACACAUACACAUACACACACACACAUAUUCACAGAAUGAGAGAGAGAGAGAGAGAUACACAUCAUACACGACAGUAACGAAAAAACCAAGUUAUUUACGAAGAACAGUUUAGUGUCAAGCUAAUAGGCUUCCAUGAUAUAACUUUAGGUAUUAUGUUUAUUACGGACAGAUGACAGAAGCUAAUCGACGAGAGCUCGACAGUAUGGAUAAGUAUUUUAAUGAAUGAGCGAAAGAGAGAAUGUGUGUGUAGAUGUUGUUUACUAUAAAGAAAAACGAGGAAAGGAGAAGAAAAAGUAAUACUGCUCAGAAAUAUACAAAGGAGAAUUCUUCCCAAGGAAAUAAUAGUAAAUAAUAAUAAUAUACAGCAAGAACGAGAGUACGAGAGAGAGAGAGAAGAGGAAAGUGAGAGUGAGAGAGAAAAUGUGUGAAAGAGAAGAGAGAAUGCACUACUUUCAGGACGAUGUAAUUGAGAGAAGAGAUUCAGAGAUUCGUAAAUAUGACUAGAAGGAGGAGGUGUUCGAAACUCGCGAAGAUAUUUGUCUACGGUCGAGAUAUGCACGUGAACAAUUCAUCUUCCACGACAGCGCACUUCACCUCAUCCGUUUUCUCGCGUGCAGAUUACAUAAGAUACACAAAACAGACACUUACCAUUGCACCCUCAUCAGAGUACGCGUGUCUUUCGCGAAUUUUUUUCUUUUUUUUUUUCAUUUUUUGCUUUUACAUUCAAAAACAUUCCAACCAGGUAUAUACGUGCACAGGCACGCGGAGGUAUUUUUUUAAAUCGGAAAUAAUACUGGUAAUACAUCAACUUUUCUAACGGCAUCACGCGUCUCUAUCGCGUUGCGAGUCCUUGUUUUUUUUUAUCGACAAUGAACUUUUAUUAGAUUAAAUAUCAGAGACAAAAAUCAGAAAACGGAUAAUACGACGGUUUAAUUUAUUUCUAAAAUGAACAAAGGGAGAUAUGCAAUUUUCAGAAUCUAUGUAUAAUUAUUGUACGAAAGACGGAAAGAAAAAAUGAAACAAUACUUUUUAGAGUGUUAUAUUUAUGAUGAUUACAAGUUAGAUACGGAUCGAUAUCAAUUUUUAAUUGUACAGUGAAUACAGAUAUUUUUUUUAGAAUCGUGCCUUUUCACACAGAUCCGUUAAACGAGAGAAAGAAAGAGAAAGAGAGAGAGAAAGAUAUAUAUGCAGGAGAAAAUUGUUAUAAUAUAUUUUUACGCAUCUUUAAAUUCAGAUGCGGAGUCAAAUCUUAAUUUUCUAAUUAAUAUAUCUGUAAUUGUUUUUGUGUUGAAUAUCUCUAUACAUUUGUUUUCGUUGUCAAUUUGAUAGAUUUUGUACGCGUGAUUACAUGCAUUAUCGAAUUUGGAAUUGUCGGACUGUAUGAAAGAAAAUGAAAUAGACAUCCACACACAGCAUAAAAAACAGUCCGUAAUAUAUAACAAUAAUAAAAAGAAAAAAAGAGAAAAUCUAGGAAAAUCAAAUCGCGACAAGUCGAGAAACAGUGAGAGAGACAGAGAGAGAGAGAGAGAGUCAGAGAAAGAAAGGAAGAAUGAUUGAAAAUGUGUCUGAACUAGAGAGAAAGAAAGAGAGAUUUAAGAAAAUGAAGAAAAAUAGGUUUGUUACAUGAUGAGAAACUAGAAUGUAAAUUAAUUUAUUUUAUCGAAGGAACGCGUUAUAUAUACUGUCGAGAAAGAAUAGAAAGGGUAAAAUCGCAAAGAUGCAUCGAUCUACACCGUACACAUGUAUACGUAUACACACAUAUACAGAUACACUCGCGUACAGACAGAUCGAGGGGAGAGUAAUCGAGACGACACUGUGUCAUCAUUCGAGAUGUCGAAAUUGAUGGCUGUAAAUAAAAUAAGUAUUCGUCUGAAUGAUCAAACGGAAAAUUCAAUCGAAGAAGAUUGUGAACUUCCUGAGCGUCUUUGCGACCGCGCGGAUAAUUGUAUUUACCGAAAUGAGUAUAUUUUCUCAAGAAUUUGGAAAUUUGCAAAAGUAAAGGCUUAUAUUACUUGAAUUGAUUAAAUACCUUCGUGUUGAGCCCCGUUUGAGUCUUGAUUAUUCUUCACGUUACAACCUGCGCCCAACGAGAUCUCCAUCUCUUCCCCUUCUUCUGGAUGUCUCUUCUCCCAUAUCUACCAUCAGCAUCAUCACCGUUAUCACUAUCACUAUCAUACCAUUAUCAUCUUACCAUUAUCAUUAUCAUCAUCAUUAUUCGUGCAUCCGGCGGAGUUUCGCGUUGUCCAACUUAGGAUUGAUAGUUGAGAAUCGAGUGAAGGCGCGAUAGAAAGGGAGAGAGUGUAAGAAAGCUUUUUACCAAAAAUAUGCAAAAACCGCGGACUACUCGCGCGAUAUACACGAGAAAGUGAUAAAGAAGGAGCGGCAGCGAGCAGGUAGUUAGAGUUUUAGCGAAAAGAGAGAGAGAGAAUGAGAAUGAGAAAGAGACGAGUCGCGUAGUUAUUAUUAUAAUAUUACAAUAAUGACGCUGUAUUAUUAUAAUUAACGAUUUACUAUUAUUGACGUCAUCUAAACGUAUGAAAGAUUUUUACACUGUUGAGACUUGAAGUAAAUAAUAUAUUUAGUUUAUUUUGGUACAUCACGAUGACGAGAGAGUGAGAAUGAGAAAUAGAACGCGAGAGAUAAAUUAACGAAAAAUAAAAGAAAAAAACCGAGGACGCGAAGAAGUAGAAAGGUGGGGUACACGAGCUAUUUUUUAAGAGACAGACUUUAUUACUCGAUUUGAGUCCACACAUUAUAAGGUAAAAAGUAAAAAAAAAAGAACGCUGAGGAUAAGAGUGUGAAAGAGAGAGUGAUUGAGUGCGAAAGAGAUUGUGUACGAAAGAGAGAGAGAGGAAAUGAGUGAAAGAGGGUAGCUGAGAGGAAAAAUGUGAGACAGAGAGAGAGAGAGAGAGAGAGAGGAGCACUUAUUAGCGAGUGCGUAUUGUGUAUUUGUUGCACAAGGCGAGAUUGUCACCACUUGACUGACAAAAGAAAUCCACAUGUGAUUUUAAUAGUAAAUUUUGAGAAUUUUACUAAAUAGAGACUUGUAUACACUAAAAAAGUAACUAAAGUAAUUAUCGUGACUGACCAAACGAA